CGACUCAAGUGUAUUUUUUGGUGCCCCGAACUUUGGUCACACUUUACCAUUUUGGAUUUUAUUUUCUGUGUUUUUCCAAAAUUUACUUCGAUUCUGGCUCCAAGCUUUUACGUUUUUUCUGAAAAUUGUGCGCAUCUCCAUGUGAAUGCCGCACGGCGCGAUAGCAAUCACUGGAACUUGAUGCCCUACCCACAGGCAUGGCGGUCAAGGUGCAAUUCGAAAUUGGCCACACGUCGAAGCUGCGCAGCAAGAAGACACCGCAUCCGCAGGCCUUUACGCACGACUGGGAGAUCUACGUUCAGGGCGUGAACAAGGCGGACAUCAGUGCUUUUGUGGAGAAGGUGGUCUUUGUGCUGCACGAAUCCUUUCCGAAACCCAAACGAGUGGUCAAGGAACCGCCGUAUGCCAUUCAGGAGUCCGGCUACGCUGGCUUCCUACUGCCUGUUGAGAUUUACUUUCGCAACCGAGACGAACCCAAGCGCAUUGUUUACCAGUACGACCUGGUACUGCAGUCCACGGGUCCACCGCAGCACCACGUCGAGGUAAAGACGCACAUUUUCGAGGCGCCGUCGGAGGAGUUUCGCACGAAACUUAUGCGAGGCGGUGGAGUGCCAGUGUUCGGAGCUAACAUCGGUGCCGGCAGUCUCGCCCGAACGCUUUCGCCCAGUGUUGGCAGCGGUGAGACAGCGCACAGUAAUGAGAUGUCUGGUGUCAAAGCCAAAGGCGUACCAGGUACAAUAUCCAUGAACUCGGAUUUAAACACCGGCAAGAAACACAAGUCGCGCAGCGAGGAUCCCGGAAAGAGCAAUGCCUUCUCUGCCCUCUUCGGUCCGCCUAUCACGAAGACCAGCGUAACGGCCAACAACAUGGCCCAGGUGCCUGUCUCCAAGCACUCUCCGGAGGCUAAAAGUGCUGCCGUUGGCGGAAAGGGUGUGUUUCACGAGGGCAGGGAGAAGGCGAGCAAGGAUCGCGAUAAGUCCAGCGGCGGAGACAAGCCGCGGGAGAAGGACAAAAAAGAUCGGCAUGGUCGCGACAAAGACCGAAAGUCCAGUAAGUCCGGCGAUGGCAAGCACGAACGGGAUAAGGAAAAGUCUAAGAAGGAUAAAUCACGGGACAAGGAGCGUGAGCGCGAGCAAGGUUCAGGCAAUACCACAUCUGCCAACGCCCUUACGGUGGCUACUUCUGUUGGCACAGCUGGAGGACUGGUUAAGCACACAGCAAGUCCUAAGCCUGGAAAGCCAAACGAAAUGGGUGCGCCCAGUCCCAAGAAGACGGCAAAUGAUUCAGCCGCUGGUGCGGUGGCACCUACUUCCCGUUCCAAAGAGCGCGAUGAGCACAAGUCCGUCAAAUCCGAGUCCAAGGACAAGGAGCGCAGCUCCAGCAAGAAAUCCAAGAAGGAUAAAAAGGAUAAGGACAAGCAGCGCGAUGAGAGCAAAGACAAGCGAAUGCCCAAAGACGAGCGUCCUGGCCAGUCCGACAGUCCGGCUUCCGGAAACCUUCAAUCUGCCCACCUGCAGCAGCAGUCCCAGGUGGCCAGUACCGGCAAGGCCACGCCCACAUCGGUUGGCAGCAAUAGCAGCAGCAGCAUGGUCUCGAACAUUGGCAAGCAAAAAGAGGAGGCAACGGGAAAGCAUUCCGAAAAGGCCGCAGAAUCUAAGGGUGAUAAGAGCACAAGCAAUGGAAAUGCGACGGACACCAAGAAAUCCCACAAGCACAAGAAGAAGGAAAAAAGCAAGGACAAGGAGAAGGAGCGCAACGAUCGGGACAAAGACAAAGACAAGGAGCGCGACAAGGAUAAGCUGAAAGAAAGGGAGAAGGACAAACAGCAUGUGACCGGUUCAGAGAAGUCAUCAACGGUCGACCCAUCGCCUAAACUAGAGGGGGCCAGUCCAGCCACCGAGGGAGGGGCACCGGACAAGACCCCUGUUAGUGCUAGUGCCAGCAGCGGCAGCAAGAAGGAGAAGCACAAAAAGUCCAAGGAGAAAUCCUCUGGGAAGGAUGAGAAGCGCCAACGGGAGGCCGUCGAUAAGCAAGCCGAUACCAAACACACUGGAAAGUCACAGCAGUCACAGUCGGGUCAGAGCAAAACGCCCAGCAACCUAGAUCUUAGCGAUAUGGACUCAGCACAGUCGGCGCCGGAUCUUGCCGCCACCAACGCUCUGGCUGCAGCAGCAGCCGCCACCCUCCAGCACUCCGACAGUUCCAACAGCAGUUUUCCCGACCUACCCGCCAGGAGUAGCAGCCAGCAGAAGCCGACGAAGGGCAACACCGGUUCCGGCAAAGAGACGAAGUCUACUGUCAAGGAACACAAGGGCAAGUCCAAGCAGAACGACAAGACGCUCGAGAAGAACACUGACAAGACAGAAAAGCCGGACAAGACUCCGGACCCCAAGGUGGACAAGUCCGAGAAGUCGGAAAAAGAGGACAAGAAGCGCAAUCGAAGAAGCUCACAAAGUAGUAACAGUGGCAGUGGUGCCGGAGUCACCGGUGCUUUUAUAGAACCCCCUGUUAAGGCCUCGAAAAAGGAGCAGGGCAAGGCGGCGGGCGAAAAAUCCAAGUCGCCCUCGUUGCGUCCACCUAGAGAAACCAACUCUACAGGCACUGGAGGCGGGACGCCCAAUGCCGGAGCCGGUUUCCUUGCUCCACCAUCAUCUUCGCCCAGCAACAACCACAGCGCUGCAGUGGCGGCGAGCUUAAAUAAUAAUAAUAAUAAUAACAACAAUAACACGAACAGCAACAGCAGCCAUUCGCCCGGUGAGAUGACGACACCAGGACAGCUCCAGCUGCCCACGGAGUAUUUGAGCGAGCUUCAGGAGCUGCACCACAAGAUCAUGACCCUGCAGGACAAUGAGGAGUUGCAACACGUCGUGGAGAUGAUCGCGGCCACCGGAUGCUACGAGAUCACGCACAAGACGUUCGACUUCGACCUGUGCAAGCUGGACCGCGGCACAGUGCAGCGACUGCAGGAGUUCCUGGCGACGUCGGUGUCGUGACACUCCCUGACCUCCGCGACUGGCCCGGCUCUCUACAGCUAGACGAUGCACAACCCCCUCAUGCACAUAACCAAAUCAUUAAAGUUAAUCUUAAAGUUAACGAUGCAAGCCAAAUGCAAAUGAACUUGGCUCGCACACAGCCUCAAUCCCCCUAGCUAGAUCGUAAGUUACGUUGGCCCGAGGGGCCCACAAGACCCAAUCGAUUUCGUUUUUCAAAAUAUUGAAGUCGUCCUUUAGUUUUUGAGACUCAUUUGUGUUAAGACUCGUUUCGUUUAAGACCAAUCUUAAAUUAUUUUGCAAUUAUACACUAACGCGACGAUUUUAACGUUCUACGCAUUUGCUACUCUUUAAUAAUAAUUUGUAUUAAUUUAAUAAGUACACUAGUUUACACCAAGAGUGUACCUCUCUAAAACCUUGUUCCCCUCAUAGAGAUCUUGAACUCUAUAACACACAUAUGCCAAUAUUGUUUACUGAAUUCUAUGCAAUAAUUAUAAAUAUUAUCUUUAUUUAAUGACAGCUUCACAGCCAGCUGCCCUUAUUUUAUGUUAAAGGUUUUAAGGUACUCACCAAAAAAAUAAAGUUUGUAAACUAGUGCUAAAAUCUUGCGAAUAAACAACUACUUUUGUACGAUAUUUACGUACUUACUUUUUAUUUGUUUUUAGUUCCUCCUACAUUUACUCAAUAUAUCAUAGUUUCAAGUAUUAUAGUUAACCUAUAUAAGAUAAGAGGCCUAUAUAACCAAAUAAUGUGCGCAGUGUAUUUUAGUCUAUGGUUAAUCUGCCUAAGCGAUCCAAACAGAAAUAUUAAGUUCUUACUUAAGAAAGGGAUUAGCAUCAGCCUUGAAAUAUAUGAGGAUAUAUAUAUGGAACGACACAAAUGCUCUAUUUAAUUGGUAAUCGUAAGUAUAAGAAAAGAUAUUUUGCACUGUAUGCAUACAUAUAACUAUAACUUAAAUUCCCCGAGUUGGCAUACAUAACUUCGGGCUACCCCCAGUU